GACCGGGAUAACCACAGAAACUCGGAGCAUCUCGCUCCCGGCAUUAGAGCAGAACGAGGAAACUAUAAACCAGGACCACACAUGAUCACGGUCAGGGCACAUACGCGCAAGACUACCGCAAAGACAAGUUAAUAAUGAACGACCAACUCCUGGGGUUGAAGAGAGUUGUCAGAUUCUGGAGCGCCUCUCGGGUAGAAGGAAGAGAGCUGUGUGUAGGCUACUUACGAAACUCCCUUCGCCCUGAUGGAUCACGACAGCCCGGCGGCGCCUGGCUUUGUUUCGGAGGAGGUUCGGUGCGAGCCCAGCCCAGAGCCCAACCAAGUCCUGCUCAAACUGCUUCAGUUUAAAGUGUACCGCAGGAGAUGGUUUAUUCUACUGGUGCUUUGUCUGCUCAACUGCUCCAACGCCAUGCUGUGGCUGACCUUUGCCCCGGUGGCAGGUGACUGUGCGGGAGCUCUGGGCGUCACUCUGGAUCAGAUUAAUUGGCUCUCGAUGGUCUACAUGAUCGUGGCCAUCCCACUCAGCUGUCUCACUACCUGGAUGCUCGACACCUGUGGUCUGCGGCUCACGCUGAUCCUGGGAUCGUGGCUGAACAUGCUUGGCAGCGUGCUGCGUCUUAUUGGGGUGCUGCUCAUGGAUAUGGAUCCCCAAGUGCGGUUCCCGCUGGUGCUGACGGGGCAGCUGGUGUGUGCCGCUGCCCAGCCCCUCGUCAUCUUCAGCCCCACCAAACUCGCCGCCGUCUGGUUUCCACAGCAACAGAGGGCCACUGCCAACAUGAUCGCCUCCAUGUCCAAUCCACUUGGUGUGCUGAUCGCCAACAUUAUGUCGCCUCUUAUCAUGGGCUCUCCUGGUGACCUCACCAAACUCCUCUUUGUGUAUUCGGUCCCUGCUACUGUUGUGUGUUUCCUAGCAACAGUGGGUAUUCGUGAGAGCACCCCUCCAACCCCACCUUCAGCCAGCGCUGAGACCUCCAACUCAGAACCCUUCCUCCAGGGCAUCAAACUGCUCCUGUGUAACCGAGCCUACAUGCUACUGCUACUGUGUUUCGGCUCCGGCAUUGGCAUCUUCACCUGCUUCUCCAGCCUACUGGAACAGAUGUUGUGUGUCAAAGGAUACACCAACGACUUUGCUGGUCUGUGUGGAGCCCUCUUCAUUCUGUGUGGCGUGAUCGGGGCAGGAGCUCUUGGUUUCUAUGUUGACCGGACCAGGAAGUUCACAGAAGUCACAAAGAUCAACAUGUGCCUAGCCUCCCUAGGCUGCACUGCCUUCGCUGUGUUUUCUCAGAUGCGAGGUCAGAAGGUGUUGCUGGCGGUUAUGUGUUCUCUGUUUGGUCUCUUUGGAUUCUCCAUCUACCCUGUUGCCAUGGAGCUCACGGUAGAAUGCUCCUAUCCUGUUGGCGAAGCCACCUCAGCUGGCCUCAUCUUCAUCGCUGGGCAGGUGUUGUCUUUAGUGUACAUGAUCAUCCUGGGAGCUCUGACAACACCACUGGCCGACUCCCCCCUCUCUGUGUGUUCUGAAGGAGGGACUCUCAGCUGGAGGGUGCCUGUGCUGGUGAUGGCGGGGCUGUUUUGUAUGGGGGCCUGUGUGUUUGUGUGUUUCUUUCACACAGAAUACAAACGUCUGAAAGCAGAGGAAGACGCAGGAGGACAAUCACGCAGCACACACACAUCCACUAUUACAGACACACACGAUACCUCUAACACCGAGAACCCAUCACACACACAAGAUACCACUGACAAACCUAAUCUUUCAGACACACACACACCCAAAUCACUCAGACACACUUCACACAACACCCACCACCUCACUCGCUCUUAAUACCUCAGACACACUCGAUCCACCCGAUACAAUAGCCUAAAAGAGACAGUGAUGCCAUGGAUCCCCACCCAAUCAGACAUGGAGGUCAAAGACACACACACACACAUACAGCAUCAGACAUGGAGAGAGGUCAAAUUUUUAAGCACACAUGGAGAGAGGUCACAUUUUUAAGCACACACACACACACUUUGGCCGGAAGCCUCUUAACAUAUCCACUUUUCCCUUACACACACACACACACACACACAAACUUUCCUUCAGGACAUCAAACUGGUAGGCUACUGACACACUCCUUCCUCCAGGGCAUCAGACCAGUAUAGCAUACACACAUCUUUUUGGGCAUCAGGGACUGGGACAGACAAACACACACACAGACAGCAGCAGUAGCACGAAUGGCAGUGGUCAGGUCUUCUGCCUGAAGAUCAUACACACACCAAUAGCAGAAGAGAUGAAACAACUCCUGGACCAAAGCAGUAGCUACUUUGUCAGAAAUGUUGUUUUUGUCGUUUGUUUUUUUCAUUAACCAUUUGUUUGUCAUUCCCAUUUUUUCACUAAUAUAUUGUAUGUUUACUAGUUUUUCUACAUCAUAUAUUUUUUUAAUGCUAUGAUGGUACUUACCUGUGACCAAAUAAUGUAAUUAAUCUGUAUGUCUUCUGAUGUGCUUUCAUACAUGUGGAUGCUGCACUGAUUCGAUCAUUUGAAUGUUACUAAAACAUUAACUAGUUUUGCAUAAUUGAAGGGCCCCCUUACACCAAACAACUUUGACAAGAUUUGGGAAAGAUUCUUGAAAGAUUGUAGUCUUUUGAGUAAAGCUUAAAUGGGGGGUAUUAGGUAAAAGACUCCAAUCUGUCAAGAAUCUUUCCCAAAUCUUGUCAAAGUUGUUUGGUGUAAGGAGGCCCUAAGUGGCUCAAAUACCUGAUAACUGCUAAUUACCUUUUUUUAGUACUGUACACCAGUAUUUGCACUCAGCAAUUUUACUUGAGUUUCUAAUUGGCAUUUGUCAGGUUCAUAUCCAGACAAAGACUAGACAGAGAUUUGGAAAUAAAUUCCUCAUUACAACUGG